AUGCACCUUCCUGAGCUCGACUUACAAGGAGCACCUAUCCGCACUCCGGAUUGUUGUCUAAGCCUUUCCUACAAAUUAUUCCGGAACCUAGUCAACGCAAUCCCCAACACCACGCUUUCGUUGAACCAUGCCAAAAGAGAAACGCCAACUGUGCUUUCGAUCGGAAGCGGAUCCGGGCUACUGGAAGCUCUUUUCCUUGCUUAUCUCAACUCGCAAUGCCAACGCAGUGGCUUUGAUCAUGCUUCAGUUAACAUUGAAGGAGUUGAAGUUCAGCAACUUGGUAUGAGAGACCAUGUCAACAGCUAUCUUCCAGAACAAGCCAUACACACUGUUCGUGGUAGUUGGGAUGUUACUUCGAGGCUGCAGGAUUCAGAUGUGACAGCUCUAAUGUUCGUCUAUCCACGCCAACCUGCUUUGAUCUCGCAAUAUAUCAAGUCCAUCGCUGAGCAGGAUCUGAAAGUCGAAGCCAUUGUGUGGCUUGGGCCUAUGGCCGACUGGGAGGUAUUUGAGCCUUGUUUCAACACCGGACAUGGAAGCUGUCAAUUUGUGGUUGUUGGGACGAAACAUGGUCGCGAAGUUGGACUUGAUGAAUAUGAAUCCAUGGCAGUGGCGAGGAGAACAGACUGCAGUUCUGUGAAAGAUGUGAAAGACGCAUGUAAAACCGGUUGA